AUGGAGGUGUUCAGCGCGUUGUCAUCCGGUCCUUCACGAGGUGUUGAAAUGGAUGAGUUCGAGGUCAAUUGGCAGUGCAUUGUGAGGGCUGUACCACAUCUAGACGCCCAUGCUUUACACGGUGAAACCAUCUCAACGAGAAUGUUGCAGAGACCUAUGUUGAAUGCAUUCGACGGCGGUUACAACGAUAUGGCCGAGAUAAUUCGGGACGAAGAGGUGCUCAGACGGGUGCGAUUGGCACAGGAGUUCUUCGAUCCAGAUGUAAAAAAAGACGAUGUCACGAGACGCAGUUACCGACCCGACAUACUGCUUAUGCUGAACCGAGGACAGCGGAGACUCACUGUUAGCAUAGACGAGAUCCGCUCCCAUAACCGUGAGCUCGCCGACGGCCUCCUGAAUCAGCCCUUCGAAUUCGUCGAAGCCUUCGACCGUGCCCUUAAGGAUGUUGUACGCACCUUCCCAGAUCGACCCAAAUCCGAGACCAGCGACGAUGUGGUAUACUACUGCGCCUACAUCGGUAGCUUUGGCGAAUACUCCGUCAACCCUCGAACGCUCAGUUCCAAUCAGCUGAACCAUAUGGUCUCACUUGAGGGCAUCGUGACCAAGACAUCGCUCGUACGACCAAAGGUGGUCAAGAGUGUCCACUACAACGAGACGAAGGGGAAAUUCCACUCCAGGGAAUACAGGGAUCAGACAAUGACCACGGGCGCAGCGAGUACGAGCGUGUACCCCACCGAAGAUGACGAAGGAAACCCACUUAUUACAGAAUAUGGCUACUCCAUUUACCGCGACCACCAAACCAUAUCUAUCCAGGAAAUGCCAGAACGUGCUCCUGCAGGACAGCUGCCUCGCUCUGUGGAUGUCAUAAUGGACGAUGAUCUGGUAGAUCGUGUCAAGCCCGGAGAUCGCAUUCAACUCGUCGGUAUCUACAGAUCGCUGGGAAACCGUAAUGCUGGCGCGGGCAGCUCAACUUUCCGCACGCUUAUUAUUGCCAAUAACGUCAUUCUCCUCUCUUCCAAAUCUGGCGGGGGUAUUGCUCAGGUAAACAUUACAGACAUGGAUAUUCGCAAUAUCAACAAACUGGCAAAGAACAAACGAGUAUUUGAGCUGCUUUCACAGUCUUUGGCUCCUUCCAUCUACGGUCACGACUACAUCAAGAAGGCUAUUCUCUUACUACUACUUGGAGGUCAAGAGAAGAACCUUGAAAACGGCACUCAUCUGAGAGGAGACAUUAAUAUCCUCAUGGUUGGUGACCCAUCUACAGCGAAGUCACAAUUGCUCCGAUUCGUCUUAAACACUGCUCCUCUAGCCAUCGCAACGACUGGUCGUGGUUCAUCCGGUGUUGGUCUGACGGCUGCGGUUACUUCCGACAAAGAGACCGGGGAGCGACGCCUGGAAGCUGGUGCUAUGGUACUCGCCGAUCGUGGGGUGGUCUGUAUUGAUGAGUUUGACAAGAUGUCUGAUGUCGAUCGAGUUGCAAUCCACGAAGUCAUGGAACAGCAAACGGUCACCAUCGCAAAGGCAGGCAUUCACACAUCCUUGAAUGCUCGUUGCAGUGUCAUCGCUGCAGCCAACCCCAUCUUUGGCCAAUACGAUACUCACAAGGACCCGCAUCGCAACAUUGCCCUUCCCGACUCACUGCUCUCCCGUUUCGAUUUGCUGUUCGUUGUAACAGAUGAUAUUGAGGAUGCACGCGACAGGCAGAUAUCAGAACAUGUUCUGCGCAUGCACCGUUAUCGCCAGCCUGGUACCGAGGAGGGCGCCCCCGUUCGAGAGGAGGGUGCUCAGCUGCUAGGUGUAGGUCUUGAGAAUGGCGAUGAUGCCAACAAGCCUACAGAGCAGUAUGAGAAGUUCAAUCCCAUGCUUCACUCUGGCGUGACCAUCACAACAGGCAGGGGUUCUGCGCGCAGAACCGAGGUCCUCAGUAUUCCCUUCAUCAAGAAGUACAUCCAGUACGCCAAACGUGAGAAGCCGAUCCUCACUAAGGGCGCAGCAGACCAUAUCGUAGCUGUCUACUCUGCGUUGCGAAACGAUGAGCUAGACGCUGGCACACGACGGACCUCGCCGAUAACAGCACGUACACUCGAAACACUUAUCCGUCUUUCAACCGCCCACGCGAAGGCCCGCCUGUCAAAGCGGGUCGAACAAAAAGAUGCCGAUGUUGCGGAACAAAUUCUGCGAUUCGCAUUGUUCAAGGAGGUAGUUGAAGAUGACCGUCGCAAGCGCCGAAGGACAGUCCGCGAUCCAGAUGCCAUGUCCACCGACGGCGAAUCCUCAGAUAAUGACGAUGAAGAUGGCGAUGAAGCCGAAACCACACAACCCCGUCGAACAGGUGGCCCAGCCACGCGCAGCCAGCGAACAGGCACGACACGCACUCCAGCCGCCGAAGACAACGAAGCCGACGAACCCGAAGACGACGAAAAUGAAGACCUCUACAACGUCACACCCCGAACCCAACGCACGAGCCAAAGAACCGCUCGCACACAGUCCUCCUCCCGUACAGGGGCAGGGACAGGUACAGGCCCCUCCUCACAAGUCAGCGCAGCCUCUUCACGUCCCGAAUCGCAACUCCCGCCCACACAAACCGAGUCCCAGGAGUCUCAAGACAUUUCCCCCGCCCGUCUGCAACUCUUCCAGACGGCGCUGGGUCAGCUCAUCGACACGCCGUUAUUCGACGGCGAUUCGGCCGAUGUCGAACCCCUCGUUGCCGCUGUCAAUUCGAGGCUGGGCACGGGGCCUGGACGCACUCCGUUUGGAGCAGAUGAGGCGGAACAGGCGUUGGAGAAGCUGAGUUUGGCGAAUAAAAUCAUGUAUUCUGAGGGUAUGGUGUAUAAGAUUUAA